AUGGGUGCAAUGAGAAUACCUACUUGGCACAUACCAUUUUUUGAAUUGAUUGAAUAUUUAAAUUCUUAGAUUGAUGGUUAGAAUGACUUAACAAGGGGAAUGCAGAAAUUGGUGAUAGCAGACUACUUUAUGGACUCUUCGGAUGCAAGCGAUGGCUCUAAAAUUAUAAAAGGUGGUAAUAUUUACUUUAGAAAACAGGAUAAUGCAGCAACAAUGGACUAUCAUCAACGAUUUUCCCUUCAUUAACUCUCUCAGACCGGAUAUCAGAAAAAUGAGAUUCAAUUUAUGAACUAUUUAGAAGAACUAAAGAGAAAAUAUAAAAUAGCGAUACUAAAACAAAAUUCAAAGACAGGCUAUUCUGUUAUUGAUUCAAUAAAGUUGAUGCUUAUUAAUCAAAACAGUGGAUUUACGGAGGCAAAACUUGAUAAAAAUGUUUAGAAAAAUCUCAAGAAGGCUCGCUUUACCACUUUGCAAUAAUAUCUGACUCAAAAAAGUGAUUCAUUAAUGACUUUCUAAGAGGCCUAAGAUUAUGAAGAUUUUUUCCUCAGUUCUAACUAUCUUCACCACACUUUGUUUGAAACGAUGGUUGAUGAACUUCACUUUACUGCAAAUCAUUAAGAAGCAGAAUUACUUUGGGGAAGAAAAUCGACAUAAUUUCCAGGCCUAAGCUAAUAUAAAUUGAUUAAGGGAGGAAUGUCACAAGUCACUAAUUUAAUUAAAGAACUUAUUGAUAGAAAUGCCCAUACGAAGAACGAAAAGGCUAUACAGAAAAUAUAGGAAAAUACAAAAGUAUUGAAAAUUAUGUAAUCUAAAGAUAAUAUUCAAGUUGUGGUAGAAAAGGAAAACAAAUAACAAGAAACUAAAACAUUUUAAAAGCUAAUUGUCACCAUUCCUCCUUUCAAAAAUUGCAAUAUUGAAUUGGAAGGGUAACAAAAUUCACCAUCCUAGAGAGAAAUUAACUUCUCUAGAUUAUUUAGACUUUUAUCUAAUGAAGGCUUGUUUAAGUUAGCCCUUCAAUUCGACUACAGAUUCUGGGAAGACUCAGAGCUUUUAAGAGAAAAUUUUGCUGUUAUAGGAGGAAAAAUACAAACUGAUUUACCAAGUCGAACUUUUGUUUUUCCUUCUUAUGGAUAUGAAAAUGGACCUCAUUAAAAAGGUUCAAUCUUAAUAUACUCACAAACAGAUGAUGCUUACAGACAUUCAAGAAGUUCUGAUUCUGAAAACAUUGAAAGAGCUCUCAACGACUUGAACAUAGUGUAUAAUCGCUUGGUUGCCAAAGGCAGAUAGCUUGAUGUUAAAAAUUACUUUAAUGGUAAGUAUUUCAUUCAACGAUGGGCAACUAAUGAGCAUGGGGGUGUGGCAAUGUUUAAACCUGCUUAGUAGGAACUAUAAGACGAUAUAAAAAAAGGCUUCGGUGGUAAUAUUUUCUUUGCUGGAGAGUAUAUGAGUCUUCACCAUGGUUGGAUUGCUGGCUCCAUGGAAUCUGCAGUUACUGCUGUCAAAUAAGUUUUAUGCAACAAUGAAAUCACUUAUUUAAGUAACUCAAAAGGAGUAUGUUGUGCAAAUAAAUUUGUCUCUCGAGCAAUGUUUGAAGACAUGAAAUAAGAAACACCUCUAACGAACUGA